AUGCUGUUGCUUGAGAUCUCUAUCCCAACGGAGGCUACUUUUGUUACGAUGGGAGGGAAGCUUCGCGAAACGGGAAGACGACGAAGUAUCAUCUACUGGCUCUUGCAUCCCCGGAUACAAGCUGCAGUAUCGUCGCUUGUGCUACAGAUAAGCGCCAUUGCGGGUGACGUCGAUGGCGGCGCGAACGACCAAAGACCGACCAGACACCGACCGAUAAUCUUCGUUCUGAAGCUUUCGAAGAGCGCGGGAUUCUCGCUGGCCCAGCUGAAAACCAACCAAGUGACAGAACUGUCGUCCGAUAGCGGAGCUUCCUACGAGUUACCAACAGUAGCUUUGGAUGAUGAUUUUGCGAUCGAUAUGGUUAUGUUCUUUUCCGAGCUGUUGGCCGGUCUCUUCUACCUCACGAUACCCUUAAGACUUUUUAGUAUAUCGUUUCUGCCCUACCUAGUUCUUUCAGAAGGGCUGGUCUCCUACGGUCCGUACAAAUCUGGCGGGUGGAGAUUGCAGAACCUCACAACUCGGCCUUUGAGGGGAAAGGAAGUGCUUGUUGAGAUUGUGGCUUCGGGAAUUUGUCAAACCGAUCUACACUUUGCGGGCGCAGACAAUGGCCCUGGGGUCCAUUAUCCUCGCGUUAUGGGGCAUGAAGUGCGACAGUCGAUCAAAGCCGCAGUAGGAGAAUAUGAGCUGACAGUGGGCAUGCAAGGUGCUGGGUACGUUCGAGAUUUUGGGCAGGGGGUCCAGGUGGCCAAGGUGAACGAUCCAGUCAUACUAUCAUUUUCUGCUUGCAAAAGCUGUGAGCCAUGCGGGCGAGGAAAUCCCGCACAUUGCGUGAGGUUCAACGCCAUCAAUUUUGUGGCCGAGCCCGACAACCUCGUCUUCAAGGAAGCAUCCUCGACGCGGAGGCAUCCCGACAUCUAUGGUCAGUUCUUCGGCCAAUCGAGCUUCUCCAGCUGGUCCAUUGUGCGAGAAGACUCGGUAAUAAACGUGUCCGGCAUGGUCGAGACGAAAGAGGAGCUGCAGUUACUUUCGCCGCUGGGCUGUGGAAUCCAGACCGGCAGCGGCGCAAUCAUCCAUGCAGCCAAAGCGGGCGUCAAUGAUCGCGUCGCCAUCAUUGGCCUGGGAGGAGUUGGUCUGAGUGCCGUCAUGGGAGCCAGGCUUGUAGGUUGUGCUCAAAUCAUUGGCAUCGAUCAACAUCAGUCUCGCCUGGAGCUUGCAAGGGAGCUCGGAGCAACGCAUGUCAUAUCAACUGAGGGCAUGUCCGACCUGCAGGCGACAACAGAGGCCGUCCUCAAAAUGACAGAUCACCUGGGAGCGAACAUCACUCUGGAUACGACCGGGGUCCCGGCGUUAAUCGCGGAGGGAGUGAAAAUGACGGCCUUCAAAGGAAAAUGUCUACAGGUUGGGACUGCCCCUGACACGGCCACGGUGACCAUUCCCAUCCACGAGUUUAUGGUGGCGGGGAAACAAUUCAUCGGAGUGGUGGAGGGCGACGUGCAGCCACAGGAGUACAUUCCCCGAUUAAUUAAUUGGGUCAAGGAUGGCCGCCUUCCUUUGCAGAAGAUCGUGAAGUUCUACCAAGCUGCUGACUUCGACCGGGCCAUCCGAGAUAUGCAGUCAGGCUUUACUAUUAAGCCCAUUAUUCUGUGGUGA